ACCCAAAUGACCUUGAGCGUCCAAACAGGUUAGCUCGUUCUAGAGGCGCCCAGCGUGAAUUCUUUUCAUACACAAUUUUAUAAUGUCGUCUGCACCGAGAACACCACGGCGUGCUUGCAGAGAAUUAACUAUGGCUCGUAUCAUAGCUUGUUUGGAUACACCUGGAGGCCUUGAGUUUAGUCUAAAUCCUAACAAUAUUGUAUGUCCAAAGCUGGAUGGUCGAUUACGACCUCGUCGCGCAACUAGUCAUGCUUGCUUGAAUUCUCCUGUCAAGAAACUAUCUGAACUUCAUUUAGCAUCGCCUGUAAAAAACCCUAGAUCAUUUUCACAGGCACUUAGCGCCAAAAAAGGAAAAAAAGUCAUCCUGAGCAAUUCUCAUUGUUCAAGUGACAGCGACGAUUCAUCUAAUGAAACUUCCAGUUCAUUGAGCGAAUUAAGCUGCACAGAAUCGGAUUCAUCCGAUUCCUCUGAUGUUUAUGAUAGACAAAGGUUUCGAAUUAGAAAUCGAUCGACAAAGUCUUCAUUGAAAACCCCUGCUACGAAUGAUACAAGGAGCAUAUCUACAGGUCCUCGGAAGCGUACUCUCAGUCAGAUGCCUCGGGGUAGUACUUUUCUCAAUUUCGCUUCUAACAAUUCAGAAUAUGGAUGGUUACCUGGUCGUGAGCAAGAAUUUGAAAGUAUAUACACAUUUGUAUCUAAUAAAUUGUCUCUAAAUUCUGGUGGCUGUAUGUAUAUAUCUGGUAUUCCGGGUACUGGGAAAACCGCUUCAGUUCAAGCUGUAUUAUCUACAAUGCAUAAACUGGUUGCUGAUAAAACUUUAGGAUGUCAGAUACCUGCAUUUCAAGUGAUUUAUGUGAACGGCAUGCGUGUUAAUGAUCCUAAACAAAUUUACACUCAGAUUUAUGAACAAUUGACUGGUGGUAUAAUUACCACUCCAAAAUGUGCUUCUGAUUUACUAGAAAAAGAAUUUUGUCAUAAUGGAAAUGUCAGGAAAAUAUCUCAACGUGAAGAGGCCAACAGACCUGUUAUUUUAGUCAUUGAUGAAUUGGAUCUGUUGUGUACCCGACGACAAGAUAUUCUUUAUAGUCUUUUUGAUUGGCCUACACGACAAAAUCGUCGACGUGCUCUGAUUGUACUGGCAAUAGCUAAUACUAUGGAUUUACCAGAACGUCUACUUCAUCCAAGAGUAGCUAGUCGUUUAGGCUUUACUAGGCUCACGUUUACACCGUAUUCUCAUGAACAACUUGCUCAAAUUGUACGCCAUCGUCUUUCAUCUUUAUCGGAUUCGUUUCAGCCUAAAGCUCUUGAAUUAGCUGCACGUAAAGUGGCUGCAGUAUCAGGCGACGUUCGACGUGCUCUUGAUAUCUGUAAGCGAGCUGCAGAGAUUGCCUUAUCCACGGAUAAGUCUAACAAAGAAAUAGACAUUUAUCAUAUUAAUGCUGCUUUGAAAGAAAUGUUUACCACGCCUAAAUCAGAAGCUAUAUCGGCUUGUUCACUUUAUGAGAAAUUGUUUCUUCGAGCUGUUAUUGCUGAAUUUCAAGCACGAUCAACAGAAGAGGCUAGAUUGGAUCGAUGUAUUCGUCAGAUGUCAGCAUUAUGUCGACUUGAAGGUGUUCCAUGCCCUACUACAUCCGAAGUAUUUGCUAUCUGUGCUAGUCUAGGAGCUCAUAAACUCUUGCUAACUGAGAGAUCACGAUGUGAUAUUGCAAUGCUUGUACGUCUUAACUGCACUAAAUCUGAAGUAUUAUACUGCUUAAAUCAACAGGGAAACACGUGAAAUUUUACACUGGAUAUUUUAGUUGUUUUCUUUUCAAAUUCUCAUACAUGGUAUAUAUUUUUUUUUGGACUCUUUUCUUUGGUAUAUACGUAUAUAUAUAUGUGUGUAAACGUGCAUUUCAAACUAAUUAUACCAGAUGAAAAUAUUUUACUAAUCAUGAAAUGUAAAUUUUUUUUCAAAUUGAAGAGAGAGAGCGGAUUUAUUUUUUAUUUUCUUACGAAGAUUAUUAAACACUUCUCAUACUUAUUGAGUAAGCGAGAGUAUCUUUGAUUCAGUUUUAUAUACUUGUAAUCAUAAGUGAAGCAUUUAAAUGUUAUUUUUAUAUUCUAAUAAAUACUCUUUUAUAUUAUUAUUAAUUA